AUGAGGUACACCUGUGUCCUCCUGCUUCUGCUGGCCACCGUGGCCAGUUUCCUGAUCGGGCAGACUGGCGGCGCCACGGCCACCACUUCCGCCUCGGCGUCCACCUCGUCGAGCUCCAGCACUACGUCCACCACCACCACCACCACGACCACCACCACCACCACCACAACCACGGCAGCCCCAACCUCUGACUCAUCCGCGAAGAAAAUCACCGUCACUCACUAUAAAUCCGUUAGGACUCGUCCAGAUGUGAUCAGGAGAACUCGCAGACAUCGUAGGCAUGGCGGCAGCGAUUGCGAUAGCUCCGAAGAGAGCACCAAGAGUCGCCGCAGCAGCAGCAGCAGGAAAAGCAGCAGGAGCACCAGCAGCAGGAAAAGCAGCAGGAGCACCAGCAGCAGCAGCAGCAGCGGCAGCAGCAGCAGGAGCAACAGCCGCGCCAGCCGCCGAAGGGCCCGUCGCGCCCGUCGCGCCCGCCGGUCCUCCAAGUGAGCCCCCAAGGAGCCCAGGACCACCCCGCAGCCGCACCCUGGA